CUCCCAUAACAAGAUGGUUACAUUUUUACAGCGAUUCCGUCUUCCGUUCCCAGUGUAUUUUUCUAUUUGAGCUCAGCCCUCUCUCCUCCUCUCUCUCUCUCCUCCUCUCUCCCUCUCUCCUCCUCCUCCUCUCCUCCAGCUCCAUAAGCGCCCGGAUGUGAACCCGCAGCUCCAGUCAGCACAACAUGGUUGCUUGACUGAGCAGUGUGUUAAAGAAGCCUGCUGGAAUCUCAGCGGGUAGCUGCUACAGAAAACCUGACCUUUUCUCCCUCAGAUUUCUAGCUUAGCGAAUCAUUUUGGACUACCGUCUCAUUUCUAGCUGAGGACUUCUUGGUCAACAAGACACGAAGAGCGCCAAACAAUGGAAUGCCCUCUCCUGCCUGCAUUGCUCACAGCUUCAGAGACUUCAGAGGUUAAACGGCUUAGUUAGCAGUGUACCUUCUCCCCCUAGAACACACUCGGCCAGGGGAAGAAGAGCGUCUAACGAAAAAAGAAGGGGAUUUUUUUUCCUUUAAAAACAAAGCACCUUACUUUUGUUUAAUUUAUCGCUCCAGAGUUGUUUAAUUUUAUUUGAAUCAAAUUUAAGAACAGACACCAUAAUGGAUUUAUCGUCGUAUCUAUGGCUGGUUGUAAUUGGGUUCAUCAUCGCCUUCAUCCUGGCAUUUUCAGUGGGAGCCAACGAUGUAGCAAACUCAUUCGGCACAGCGGUGGGCUCGGGGGUUGUCACGUUACGCCAGGCCUGUAUCCUGGCCUCCAUUUUUGAAACGCUGGGCUCCAUACUCCUUGGCGCAAAAGUGGGUGAGACCAUUCGGAAGGGGAUUAUAGAUGUCAACUUGUACAAUGAUACUGUACCUAUACUGAUGGCAGGCGAGGUCAGCGCCAUGGUUGGGUCUGCGGUUUGGCAGCUCAUUGCCUCGUUCCUUAAGUUGCCAAUUUCUGGAACCCAUUGUAUAGUGGGGUCUACUAUUGGCUUCUCUAUGGUGGCCAUUGGCACCAAAGGAGUACAGUGGAUGCAGCUAGUCAAAAUUGUUGCCUCAUGGUUCAUCUCUCCUCUGCUGUCAGGCCUCAUGUCUGGCCUACUCUUCUAUGUCAUCAGAUUUUUCAUUCUUAAUAAAGAUGAUCCUGUUCCAAAUGGCCUCCGUGCUUUGCCCCUCUUCUAUGCAUCAACUAUCGGCAUCAACACAUUCUCCAUCAUGUACACAGGAGCUCCCUUGUUAGGCUUGGAGAUGCUCCCAGUGUGGGCCAUCGCCCUCAUCACCCUGGCCGGCUCUCUGGUGUGUGCUGCUGUGGUCUGGAUCUUUGUCUGCCCCUGGAUGAGAAGGAAAAUAGCAAGUCGUUUGAAAAAAGAACAUGUUCUCUCACGCAUCUCUGAUGAGAGUCUAGAUAAGAUUCCCGAGGAAGAAGAGGAGGCUCCAGUGUUUAAAGAGCUUCCAGGGGCAAAGGGGAAUGACGAUUCUGAACUGCCCUUGGCUGGGGAAUCCACUGGGGAGCUAAAUAGCCUGGCCAAUGGUGGCACCGUCCUUCCUAAUGGCCGGGUGUAUGGUCGCACUCACUCCAUGACAAAUGGCUGUUUGAAAUCGCCAGUGUCCAAUGGAAGCUUUGCUUUUGAUGGACAUAUGCGCAGUGACGGCCAGGUGUACCACACUGUGCACAAGGAUUCUGGUCUCUACAAGGAUCUGCUACACAAGAUCCAUGUGGGCCGGCUGGAGGAAGAGCGGCCUGACGUCAGCCACCGGGUCCUACGCCGCAACAACAGCUACACGUGCUACACAGCGGCCAUCUGCGGCUUGGCCGUACAGCCCCUGUUGCGCUCCGAGUCAAAUGCCGCAGCGCCACCUGAGGACAGUGAGAAGCUGGUGGGUGACACAGUCUCCUAUUCUAAGAAGCGUGUCCGUUAUGACAGCUACUCUAGCUACUGCAACGCCGUGGCCGAGGCUGAAAUCGAGGCAGACGAGGGGGGCGUGGAUGUAAAACUGGGAUCCGAGAAGCAUGAGGCUCAAGGUGCAGGAGUGGUGCUGGAGGACUGUGUUGAUGAGGACAAAGAAGAGAAGGACAAGCCCCAGGUUUUUCUGCUCUUCCACUUUCUUCAGAUCCUCACUGCCUGCUUUGGGUCCUUUGCACACGGUGGCAAUGAUGUCAGUAAUGCCAUCGGCCCACUGGUGGCACUGUGGAUGAUCUAUGAACAGGGUGGGGUAAUGCAGGAUGCAGCCACACCUGUAUGGCUGCUGUUGUAUGGUGGCAUCGGCAUCUGCACUGGCCUGUGGGUGUGGGGACGCCGUGUAAUCCAGACCAUGGGCAAGGACCUCACGCCCAUCACGCCUUCCAGUGGAUUCACUAUUGAGCUGGCUUCAGCGGUGACUGUUGUGCUGGCGUCCAAUAUUGGACUCCCUAUCAGUACCACGCACUGCAAGGUGGGUUCAGUGGUGGCUGUUGGCUGGCUGCGUUCACGGAAGGCCGUAGAUUGGCAUCUCUUCCGGAACAUUUUCCUGGCUUGGUUCGUCACGGUUCCUGUAGCAGGCCUGUUCAGUGCCGCUGUCAUGGCCCUGCUUGUCUACGGCAUCAUGCCUUUCGUAUGAGGGCAGAGAUAGAGAGAAUUAUAGUAAGGUGGUUGGGAAGGCGAGGGGAAAAAAUUUUAUAGACCAGGAGAUGGUAAGAUGAAAGGACAGAUUGAAAAAUAGUUAAUGGGGGGAAUGGCCAUAGAGAGGGUGCUCAAAAGCUGACUGGGAUACAUCUAGAAUCUUCUGAUUAACUGUCCUUUGUUAUCUUUACAAAUGUAUCCUCUUUUUUUUUCUUCCUGUUUUAGCUGUUGUAAUGUUACUGAACACUGUAGGUCUCAUGUUUCAUCUGUAACACAAUGAAGCAGUAACACAAGAGUUUCUCAUAAAAAAAGUAAUCAUGCCAACAAAAUUUGCUAAUCCUCAAAGGUGUGACUACAUGAGCAAAAGCUCAGAUCAGCACAUAUGAACUUAUAUAUAAAUAUAUACAGUAUAUACACACGCACACACAGAGACACAUUCAUUCUUCAAUUAGUACACACCAUACUGAGAUAUGACAAGAAGGUGUUUCAUAAAGCACCGUAUAGCACAAUUUAGCAUAAUUUUGAAAGCACAAAGCUUCAUUGACCUACUUCGCUAAAUGGCUAUAUGGGGCUUUAUUUAAUAUGAAAUAUACACUGUAUGAUUAUAUAACAGCUGCAAUAUACUAUGUCCACUCAAAUGGAAAAACUGGUGAUGUAAAUGUUGGUAAACUGUUAAACGUUGGAGGCCGUACGAGGUCUGCACUGCAAUAACUGCUGUAUCUCUUGGAACUUUGAUUGAUUUAGGGUCCCUAAAAUCAGCUACAUGUAAAUAUUGUGUUAUUCACCAUACCUCAAGUCUCUGCCAUUUAAAUAAAGCUAGUGAGUCAAAAUAUAAGGAUGGAUGGAGUAAAACACUAUAAAUCUGAUAUAAUUGUCAUUGUUGGGUUAAAAAAAAAGCGCCUAACCAUAUUUAUUCAGAUUAUUUUUCAUAAAAGUUUUUAAAAAUAUAACGUAAACAACAAAACGCUAUCUUUACUUUUAACAGCGCGUGCUAACAUUUCUUCUGUAGAUAUAUUCCGCAAUAGACUUUGGAUAAGCUCUUUUAUUUAUAAAAUCUCUAGGCAGCUUGGACAGAGCAAGCUACUGAAGAUUACUAAAGAAAAAUAAAUGCAUCAAGGACAUAAGAUUUCUAACAAAUCAAGAGCUGCAACACUAAAACACCAGUUUAUAUGAUUUUUAGAUAUGCUUUAGAUAAGAUUUUAAUCCAGCCCAGUUAUUUUUAUAUUGGAUUUCAAAUUUGAGCUAAGAAUCAAUCCCUGCACAGUAAUUUGUAAAAGGCGAAGGCUGAUGCACACCAAAAUAUACCACUCUCUUGAUAAUUAAUCACAUUUCAUUACUAAAUCACUAGAAUAGGAGAAGAAAAAAUACUGUAAGUUUAGGCACUUGCAAGUGUUUUCAUUAAUUAUAUAUAUAAUACACAUACACACAUUGAAAAUAUAUAUAUAU